AUGAAUUCGUCAUCAUCUCCACCAGUACUGUACUUAGAAGAUGAUGGUGGCGAUGAUGAUAAUCAGAUUUAUCAGACAUCAUUAUUAAAUGAUUUACACUUACCACGUAAAAAACGGAAACUAACAAAUGCAAAUGUUCAAAUAAAUUCGUCGGCUUCGAAUUGGCCAAAGCGACAACGAAAUGGCGAUUUUCAUCGACAAUCAUCAAAAAUCACGAUGGAUUCGGAGCCUGAUCCUGAACCUAUUUUACUUGACCCAGAUGAAUAUAUCAUCGAAGAGCCUGAUACGGCACAUUCUUUCUGCUCAUUUGAUUGGACAAUCCAGCCACGAACGCCGCCACCGCCCCUGCUACCACCACCUCCUCUUCCCUCGUUAUCAAAUCGAAUGUAUUCAAGCCCCAUUCAAACACCAUCCCGUAUAUCAUCAACAUCAUCAAUGAAUACUACUUAUGCAACUAAACGACAUCCGGAUAAACUUGAUCGAAUGCCUAGCAAUAAUAAUUCACAUGAUAGACAUAUUCAACAGUCCAGAAAUCCAAUAUCUGUGCCAGUACCACCAGCAACACCACCGCACACGUCGAGAUCAUCGGUGGUCGCUUUACCAUUACCUCUACCUAAACCAACAGCGUCAUUUGCGCAACCAAAUACACGACGCGGACGACCAAUAAAAAAUUCGCGAGUUCCAUAUCCCCAAGAUACUACACCUCAUUCACCCAUACGUCAUCGAUCUGAACCAAAUAUAUAUUCACAAGCGCAACAAGCAUUGCGGACAGCAGCAGCAGCAACAGUACAACCUCCUCCGCCAUCCUCCCUAUCUUCACCAUCAUCAUCUGGGGCAAUAUCUGCCAUACCAACAAUGCCCAGUAAUUCAUCAAACAAUCAUACAUCUGAGAUUCGCCGUCAAACACUCAAUGGCACUGGAUUAUUCUCAGCUUUUCAUGAUAGUAAAUACUAUCAAUGCAAUAUCUGUAAAUUCAAAAGUGUUACAAGCUCAACUCUUCUCCAACAUCUCUUUACUCAUAUGUUCUUUUGUGAUCAAUGUUCAUUUUACACUUAUUCGCAUUACAGUCUGACUCAGCAUACGUUUGAAAAACAUCUGCCACCUGUUACUGAACAUGCGCGUGAUUUUAGUAACCCAAAAUCAUUUGACCUACUUUAUGUUACACGUUGUCCAGAUGGUACAUUUGCUUUGUGUAUGGAUUCAUCGCUAUCAGCGGCAGCAUCGACGAAUAAAACAACAACAACAACAACAGUGGAAAAACGACUCAUUUUAUCUUCAGCUGUACCAAAUGAUCAACAACAGCAACUUCAGCCACAACAACAGGUAGCGAAAUCAUCGAAACCAAAACAAAUUAAAGAGAAAAAAUCGUCAAGUACAAUGGAAGAUAAUGAUAUUGUCUUAUUGUCACCAGAAAAACGUGACACAACUACCCAUCGAUCGGUAGUACAACACAAAGCGAAAGAGAAACCAUCUCAGAAUUAUAUAUCGAUAAAACAUCGACGAACUUAUUCGUUGAAGAAACCAUUUUCUUGUCAUGCAUUGACGUUAGAAUAUGAUAUUUGUCGAGAGCACAUGACUCGACUCAUGUGUAAUACACAAGAUACAUACAAACGACGGAAAUAUUUAAACGAAUUUCAGAAAACAAGAUUAAUUGACGAAGUCGCCGAUUGUCUACGAACUGUUGUUAACGAUAUCAUCGAUAGUGAAGAUAACAGUGUUCAAUCAACUAUGAUUUGUGCUUUACCAAAUCAUGUUCUCAGUUCAAUCUUAUCUACAAGUGACCUGAAUGAAAUCAUGAGUUCAUUGAAACUAAACAAUAAACAUGAACAAUGUCAAGAACAAAAGAUAUUAUAUGAUCGUGAACAUCUCAUGCGGGAAAAUCGUAAAAAUACUUUUGUUAUAACUUCUCCGGACACAAAUCAUAGUGAACAAUCGAUUAUCACUUCAUUACAUUCUUCCAUGACAAACGGAGAUUCAAUAUUUACUCAGACAAAAAUUAUCAAAACUCCAAUUGUCAACGAAAAUCUCCGACGAUAUGCUCAAAGAAAUCCAAAUGUACAACUUCAAACAACUGUUUCGAAACCAAUGUCUCAGAAAAAGAUCAAUGUAACACAAUCAUCAUCACCCUCACCGCUGCCGCGACCGAAUUCCCCCCAACUAAAUUCAGUUCGUCCCACCAUUCCCAAAUCGUCACGUUCUGUGUCAAAUUCUUCAAUACCAUCGAUAACCGAUCGAAAUAACAAUACAAUUCCGACAUCGCAUCCCAAAGUUGCACCUUCGAAAUGUCCUCGCGUCAUUACUCUUGAUUGA